UAUAACUGUGCUCGAAAAUCGAUACAGUGUUAAGAGAAGUAUUAGUAAGCGACAUCACUUUAUUUUUCUGUGUAUCUAAUCAUAUAGUGUCGAACGAAAUUCGACGUUCAAAUUUUCACGAAUCGAGAUUUCAAUAGUAAAUAAAUUCAGAAUUAUGUUUCACCUUUUUGUAGUAGCAACAUCGCUUUUUAUGACGUCCGACGCAUAUGUGGACAGGAAUUCCAUUCAGCAACCUUCGAAAAAAAUUGAUAUCGACUUACGAAAAGUUCGUUCAUUGAAUGAUAAUCUUCCUUCAGUACUUUUAUCCAAUUAUAAAAACAUAAAGUACUAUGGCAAUAUUACCAUUGGAACUCCCCCGCAAACAUUUAGAGUGAUAUUUGACAUUGGUUCUCCAAAUCUUUGGAUACUCUCCAAAAAAUGCAACAGUCCUGCUUGUUUAAAACGUAAUCGAUAUGAUAGUACAAAAUCCAGUACAUAUAUAGCAAGUAAUACUUCAUUUCAUAUGAAAUAUUCCGGUGGUUACCAUAUAGAAGGAUUCCUAUCUACUGACAUAGUGAAUAUUGCCGGCCUGAAUGUUCAAAAUCAAACAUUUAUAGAAGUGAGCAACCAUCAAGUGUCAAUCGUAGAACGUUUAUUUCUUUAUGCACCAGUUGAUGGUAUCUUAGGUCUGGGAUAUUCCGACAUAUCUGUCGAUAGAGAAACGCCUCUCUUAGACAACAUGAUUGCACAAGGUCUGGUAUCAUCACCCAUUUUCAGUUUUUAUCUAAAUAGAGAUACUUCAGCCGAGUUAAGUGGUAAACUGACAUUGGGUGGUUCCGAUUCUGCUCUUUACGAGGGCGAUUUCACAUAUAUUCCUAUUAGUCGGACAGGACACUGGCAAUUUAUUAUGGAUAAAAUACUAAUAAAUGAUAUCAAUAUUUGCGGUGAAAGCUGUGAAACUAUCAUUGAACUAGAGAAUAGGUUUAUAAUGGGACCAAGAAAGAAUAUUACAUUUAUUGAUACACUUAUACAAACUUCAAUGGAUUGCGAUCAAAUUUCUCAGUUACCUACAAUCCAAUUUAUUUUGGGUGGUAAAGCAUUUAAUCUCACCAGUAAAGAUUACAUGUUCCCGCAUUAUUUAAAUAAAACUAUAUGUCUAAGCGGCGUUGUGAACCGGUUUGACAGGGAUGAUAUAAAUUGGAUAUUAGGUAGUAUCUUUAUUAGUCGCUACUACAUCGAGUUUGAUAUGAAGAAUAAUCGAUUGGGAUUUGCUUUGGCCAAAUAAAUAUUAACUAUUUUCUCUAGCACGUUUUAAACAUCUUUUUAUACAUCUUACAUAAUAAAAAUGUACAUAAUGUGCAUUUAUGUACAUUUGGUGGCAUAUUUUGUGAGUUUCACAUAGUCCUGGAUUAAAAUUGGGUACAAAAUAUUAUUAUAUUUUUAGAUAGCUAACAUUACUUUCAUAA